CCUGCAUCGACUUCAGCUAUGUGGCAGGGGAGGAGGGGUAUCGGCGGUGGUGGUGCUGCUGCGGCACAACAACAUGAUUGUUCCCGUCUUCUGCCUCUCCUUCAGUCGUGGAGUGAAGUGGAGAGCCAGGACAGUGCUCACAUUUCGCAGCAGCCAAGCACCGAACAGUGGUGCUAUUGAUUUCUAGCAACAGUAGCAGAGUGGCUGCAGUCCAGUCGUAAGAAGGAGGACACAGGAGGAGUUUGGAAAGUUAACGUCACUCAGCUUGACUCAUGCUCACAAAGGUCUUUUUCUCUUGAUCAAUCUCCACACUCUGGUGUAGACAGCAGUUGAGGUUUGGAUGCAGCUUGUAUGUUGGCUGCUGUGCCUUGGCCUGGCAGGGGCACUUGGCGUCCUGCAGAAGGACCAGGUGGCCCAGCAUGCCAUCAAGCUUUACCGGAGCAAAGGGGCCACGCAGGGCCACAGCUGGGUGGCCAGCAACUGCAAGCGGCUGGUGGGUCUCCUGCGUCAGAAGAAUGUGGUUGUCAAGAAGCUGGCCGCCGCUGCAGAUGCUGUUGGAAGAGACCGGGCUCUGUCAGACCCUGAGAGGCAUUUCCAGGUUCACACUCUGGAGGUUUUCCAGAAGGAGCUAAAUGAGAGCGAGCACCUGGUGUUCCAGGCGGUGCACAGCCUGCAGAGGGCGCUGCAGGGAGACUACAGGGACGUGGUCAACAUGAAGGAGAGCAGCAGACAGAGGCUAGAGGCUCUCAGGGAGGCAGCCAUAAAGGAGGAGCAGGAGUACGUGGAGUUGGUGGCUGCUGAGAAGCACCAGCAGGAAGCUGUUAAGAGUGCUUUAGCUCAGAACAAGACUCUGUCCAUGCUGGAUGAAAUCCUGGAAGAUGUCAGAAAGGCAGCAGACCGGCUAGAGGAGGAGAUCGAGGAGCACGCCUUUGACAACAACAAACAGAUGAAAGGAGUGAAUGUGGAGGCAGUAUUGAGAGUGGAGGAAGAUGAGGAGAAUGGAGGGAAGAGGAAGAACAAGUCCAGGCAGAAGGAAGUGGAGGAUGACCUGGGACUGAGCAUGCUCAUUGACUCACAGAACAACCAGUAUGUUCUGACUAAACCGCGAGACUCCACGAUGCCAAGAGCAGACCAUCACUUCAUCAAGGACUUGGUAUCGGUGGUGAUGUUGUCUCUACCUUGUGGCUGGAUUUGCACCCUAGUCGGUCUCCCUCCAAUGUUUGGAUAUAUCAUCUGUGGGGUCCUGCUUGGUCCGUCUGGCCUCAACAGCAUCAAGUCUAUGGUCCAGGUGGAGACUCUCGGGGAGCUGGGUGUGUUCUUCACACUCUUUGUGGUGGGGUUGGAGUUUUCACCUGAGCGGCUUCGAAAGGUGUGGAAGACAUCAGUUCAGGGGUCGUGCUAUCUGAGUCUGCUGAUGGUGGGGGCCGGUUUGCUGUGGGGACAAGUCUUGCGCAUUCGACCCACCCAGACUGUCUUCAUCUCCACUUGCCUCUCCCUGUCCAGCACUCCACUGGUGUCCCGCUUCCUAGCAGGAGGAAGCAGGGGGGACAAGGAAGGUGACCUGGACUACAGCAGUGUUCUUCUUGGGAUGUUGGUGAUGCAAGAUGUUCAGCUCGGCCUCUUCAUCGCUGUCAUGCCAACGCUGAUCCAAGCACAGAGUGGAGACUUGGACAGGUCAAUUCGCCUUUUUGAUCUUGCGUGUGUCCUCUCCCCUCAAAACACACACACACACACACACACACACUCUCACACACAGCUUUGUAAAUCCGUUCUCCCCUCUGUGCACCACAGCUUCUUGUUUGGGAGUCUCCGCGUACUGUACCUCCUGGCCCAGGUCCUGGCGUCUCUGGCUGCUGUGCUGCUGCUGUGUUUGUUACUUAAAUCAUUCCUGAUUGGCCCGUACUACAAGAAACUGCAUGCUGAGAGCAAAGGCAACAAGGAGAUCCUGGUGCUGGGGAUGGCAGCUUUUGUGUUUUUCAUGCUGACGAUAACAGAGUUUCUGGAUGUUUCUAUGGAGCUGGGCUGUUUCUUGGCUGGAGCUUUGCUGUCCACACAGGGUCACAUGGUCACAUCAGAAGUCAUUGGAUGCAUCGAGCCAAUCAGAGAUUUCCUCGCCAUCAUCUUCUUUGCCUCUAUUGGUUUUCAUGUGUUCCCGACAUUUGUGCUGUACGAACUCACCAUCCUGCUGGUGCUAACGCUUUCGCUCGUCAUCAUGAAGUUUGUCAUGGCCGUGCUGGUGCUGUCGGCCAUCUUACCUCCAGGCUCUCGACACAUACGGUGGGUUGUCUCGGCCGGCCUCGCUCAGGUCAGUGAAUUCUCCUUCGUCUUGGGCAGCCGUGCGCGUCGAGCUGGAAUUAUCUCUAGAGAGGUGUACCUGCUGGUUCUCAGUGUCACCACUCUCAGUUUGCUGCUGGCUCCGGUGCUUUGGAGAGUUACCACACACCGAUGGGUUCCCCGGGCCGAACACAAGACAGUCCUGUGAUGACCAGACCGACCUCAGGGCCAAAAGGUUCUCACGCACAGUUAACUCUUACACAGCUGACAGCAGCAUCACGAGGAGCAGAGGUUACAUUUUAUUUGUUUGUGACGUGGCCUGUGGGACCAAAUGUUCCUUCUCUUCUUCUUCUUGAAUUAACAAACUCUGUUAGAAGAGGAAAUCAUCAUCAGCUACAUUUUGACUUGAGAUUCCUGUUGAAUGCCUUCAUUAGAUUGUUAUAAAGGACAUUUUCUCCAAGCAUGGGCCUGGAGUAGUGUUACAAAUACAGUAGGUAUAGAUACUGUACAAGGUCAUAUUUGAUAAUACAGAGAUAUUUUAGGUUAUAUUACUUAACUCCACUCUGAAGGCUGGACAGGAUCUGUGAACUCUUUGAUGGGAAGCACAUCUGCUUUACAGGUGGAGAAGCACAAAAGACUUGAUAUCCCUCCAGCUCUGAUGCUUUUAAUGCACUUUCUCUUUAAAGGGCGCACGCACCUAAAAGAGAAAAAAGGAAAAAAAAAAAUUCCUCUUCACUAUUUCUGUCAUCGUUUCCUCAUUCAUGUCUGCACUUUGAACCUCAAGUUCCUUGUAGCAAUCACAUGGACCAAAUCUGAGGUUUCAAAUCAAUUCAAGUACAUUUUUCUAUUCUUUCCUAAUAGAAAAGCACUUUUAUAUCAUUUAACAUGGACUCCAUCUUUCCUUUAUUUGACACUACUACAUCUGACAUUUAUCUUAUUCAAUUUUAGGUUGUUAUAAAUGGCAGAUUCAGCCUUGGAUUGAAGUUCAAACCUACUAUCUGCUGUUUUUAAUAGAUGAUGCGUGUAGUUUCUCAUGAUCAUUGUGCUACUGUGUAUUUAGGUGUGAUAAUACAUUCCAGUAUUACCUAAAAACUACAAUAAUUCUCCUUUUUCUUGUAACAAAAACCACAGUACAUUACAUAUCUUAAGGAAUGUAAAUAAUGAAAUACAAUAUUACGCAGCAGCUCGCAAAAACAACUAAAAAUACCCUGAAUUUAUUCACUUACAUUUAAAGAGAAGUCCUGCACUAGUUACCACUGAAUGUCAAACUUCUGUGCCUGCACAACACUUCUCUGCACCAGACGAAAGACUUUGAGGAGUGUAAUCUCACUGUGAGAGAGCACUUCUGUGGCAUAUCAUACUGUAAAUGUCCUCAUCUUAUAAUUCAUAAUGUGCAGUGUAACUGUGAGUGACACGUUACUGUAUAUUUUGAGUAUUUUCCUGCAGUAGGUUAACAGAGAGGAUAUUUGAGUUUACAUAGCGUAUGUUGGUGGCCAUGACCGACACUCACAGGCACAAAGAAAUGCUGUUUUCAUCAAAUGUUCAUUUUUAAAUUGUUGCAGUAAUUCAUUUAUUUAUUAAAAAAAACAUGAUGAUAAAGAAGUA